ACGCGCGCCCGGGACUGCCUGCUCUUCUCUGUGACUUGCCUGUGUGUGUGUAUGUGUGUAUGUGUGUGUAUGUGUGUGUGCGCGCGCGCGAGCUUGUGAGAGAGGAGAGAGGGAGAAGCGAGCGCGCAAGAGGGUGAGUGUGUGUGUGAGUGCAUGGGAGGGUGCUGAAUAUUCCCAAGCGCCAGGACCAAAGCGGCAGCUCCACUGAAAACUGCAUUCAGCCAGUGCUUCGGACUUCGCGAGCGAGGACAGGGCACAGGGCAUCAACAGCCACUAGCAGGACCUGGGAAAUAGCAAUUCUACCUCCACUUCCCGUGUUUUUAGCAGCUCGGUGCUAAAUUGCGGUCUCAAAAUGCAGAGGAUCUAAUUUGCUGAGGAAAACGGCCAAAGAAGGAAGAGGAGGAAAAGGAAAAAAGAGGGGGUAUUUUGUGGAUGCUCUACUUUUCUUGGAAAUGCAAAAGAUUAUGCAUAUUUCUGUUCUCCUUCCUCCUGUUUUUUGGGGACUGAUUUUUGGUGUCUCUUCUAACAGCAUACAGAUAGGGGGUCUAUUUCCGAGGGGCGCCGAUCAAGAAUACAGUGCAUUUCGGGUAGGGAUGGUUCAAUUUUCCACAUCGGAGUUCAGACUGACACCCCACAUCGACAAUUUGGAGGUAGCUAACAGCUUCGCAGUCACCAAUGCUUUCUGCUCCCAGUUUUCAAGAGGAGUCUAUGCGAUUUUUGGAUUUUAUGACAAAAAGUCUGUAAAUACCAUCACGUCAUUUUGUGGGACACUCCAUGUGUCCUUUAUCACACCCAGCUUCCCAACAGAUGGCACACAUCCAUUUGUCAUCCAGAUGCGACCUGACCUCAAAGGAGCUCUUCUUAGCUUGAUUGAGUACUACCAAUGGGACAAGUUUGCAUAUCUCUAUGACAGUGACAGAGGUUUAUCAACACUACAAGCUGUGCUAGACUCUGCAGCAGAGAAGAAGUGGCAAGUGACCGCUAUCAAUGUGGGGAACAUUAACAAUGACAAGAAAGAUGAGACCUACAGAUCACUUUUUCAAGAUCUGGAGUUAAAAAAAGAACGGCGUGUCAUCCUUGACUGUGAAAGGGAUAAAGUAAAUGACAUUGUGGACCAGGUUAUUACCAUUGGAAAACAUGUUAAAGGAUAUCACUAUAUCAUUGCAAAUCUGGGAUUCACUGAUGGAGACCUGCUGAAAAUUCAGUUUGGAGGUGCAAAUGUGUCUGGAUUUCAGAUAGUGGACUACGACGAUUCCCUGGUAUCUAAAUUUAUAGAAAGAUGGUCAACACUGGAAGAGAAAGAAUAUCCUGGAGCACACACAACCACAAUUAAGUAUACUUCUGCACUGACCUAUGAUGCUGUUCAAGUGAUGACUGAAGCAUUUCGCAACCUUCGGAAGCAGAGGAUUGAGAUCUCCCGGAGGGGCAAUGCAGGAGAUUGCCUGGCCAACCCAGCAGUGCCUUGGGGACAAGGUGUAGAAAUAGAAAGGGCCCUCAAACAGGUUCAGGUUGAAGGUCUUUCUGGAAAUAUAAAGUUUGACCAGAAUGGAAAAAGAAUAAACUACACAAUUAACAUCAUGGAGCUCAAAACAAAUGGGCCCAGGAAGAUUGGAUACUGGAGCGAAGUGGAUAAAAUGGUUGUCACCCUUACUGAGCUGCCUUCUGGAAAUGACACCUCCGGACUUGAGAAUAAAACUGUUGUUGUCACCACGAUAUUGGAAUCUCCUUAUGUUAUGAUGAAGAAAAAUCAUGAAAUGCUUGAAGGGAACGAACGUUAUGAGGGCUACUGUGUUGACUUGGCUGCAGAAAUUGCCAAACAUUGUGGGUUCAAGUAUAAGUUGACUAUUGUUGGGGAUGGCAAGUAUGGGGCCAGGGAUGCAGACACCAAAAUUUGGAAUGGUAUGGUUGGAGAACUUGUGUAUGGGAAAGCUGACAUUGCAAUUGCUCCAUUAACUAUCACCCUUGUGAGAGAAGAGGUGAUCGACUUCUCCAAACCCUUCAUGAGCCUUGGGAUAUCUAUCAUGAUCAAGAAGCCUCAGAAGUCCAAACCAGGAGUGUUUUCAUUUCUUGAUCCUUUAGCCUAUGAGAUCUGGAUGUGCAUUGUUUUUGCCUACAUUGGGGUCAGUGUAGUUUUAUUCCUGGUCAGCAGAUUUAGCCCCUACGAGUGGCACACUGAGGAGUUUGAAGAUGGAAGAGAAACACAAAGUAGUGAAUCAACUAAUGAAUUUGGGAUUUUUAAUAGUCUCUGGUUUUCCUUGGGUGCCUUUAUGCAGCAAGGAUGCGAUAUUUCGCCAAGAUCCCUCUCUGGGCGCAUUGUUGGAGGUGUGUGGUGGUUCUUUACCCUGAUCAUAAUCUCCUCCUACACGGCUAACUUAGCUGCCUUCCUGACUGUAGAAAGGAUGGUGUCUCCCAUCGAAAGUGCCGAGGAUCUCUCUAAGCAAACAGAGAUUGCUUAUGGAACAUUAGACUCUGGCUCCACUAAGGAGUUUUUCAGGAGAUCUAAAAUUGCAGUAUUUGAUAAAAUGUGGACUUACAUGAGGAGUGCAGAGCCCUCUGUUUUUGUGAGGACUACGGCUGAAGGCGUUGCCAGAGUGAGGAAAUCCAAAGGGAAGUAUGCCUACCUGCUGGAGUCGACCAUGAAUGAGUACAUCGAGCAGAGAAAGCCCUGUGACACCAUGAAAGUGGGAGGCAACUUGGAUUCCAAAGGCUACGGCAUUGCCACACCUAAAGGAUCCUCAUUAAGAAAUGCGGUUAACCUCGCAGUACUAAAACUGAAUGAACAAGGCCUGUUGGACAAAUUGAAAAACAAAUGGUGGUACGACAAAGGAGAGUGCGGCAGCGGGGGAGGUGAUUCCAAGGAAAAGACCAGUGCCCUCAGUCUGAGCAACGUUGCUGGAGUAUUCUACAUCCUUGUCGGGGGCCUUGGUUUGGCAAUGCUCGUGGCUUUGAUUGAGUUCUGUUACAAGUCAAGGGCCGAGGCGAAACGAAUGAAGGUGGCAAAGAAUGCACAGAAUAUUAACCCAUCUUCCUCGCAGAAUUCCCAGAAUUUUGCAACUUAUAAGGAAGGUUACAACGUAUAUGGCAUCGAGAGUGUUAAAAUUUAGGGGAUGACCUUGAGUGAUGCCAUGAGGAACAAGGCAAGGCUGUCAAUUACAGGAAGUACUGGAGAAAAUGGACGUGUUAUGACUCCAGAAUUUCCCAAAGCAGUGCAUGCUGUCCCUUACGUGAGUCCUGGCAUGGGAAUGAAUGUCAGUGUGACUGAUCUCUCGUGAUUGAUAGGAACCUUCUGAGUGCCUUACACAAUGGUUUCCUUGUCUGUUUAUUGUCAAAGUGGUGAGAGGCAUCCGGUAUCUUGAAGGCUUUUCUUUCAGCCAAGAAUUCUUAAGUAUGUGGCGUUCACCUUCAAUUGUAAGAAAGAUUAAUUCAACACAGAGCAUCCUUUUCUACUCUGAAUUACAGACGACGCGUGGUGGACAUGCACAGCUAACAUGGAAGUACUAUCAUUUAACUGAAGUCUUUGUACAGACAACAAGCCCGUUUCCGCAGCCACUAUUGUUAGUCUCUUGAUUCAUAAUGACUUAAGCACACUUGACAUCGUAAGAAGGGGUCUCAAACAGUACGAACAGUGCAUGCUGGUAAUGGCAUUUAAAAUAAAAAAAAAUAUUUUUAGGUAUUUUCACAAACUGGCUUUUAAAUAAAUUUGCUUCCAUACAGGUUGGAUUAGACAAAAACAGUCAAACUCAGUGAGAAAACGAUUGAAAAAAAGGCUCAUGGUAUCAGUUCCGUAUUUUUCAAAGCCAAAUAUGUAAAUGCUGAGGAAGGAAACAGAGAAAAUUCCAGUCUUGUAAUUUAAUAUUGUUAUUAAAACUUUAAUGUAUCUUAUUCUUUAACAUUUGGUGUUAAUAUAAAACUACUUGGCAAUGCUUGACAUUUGAAAUAAACAUUUUUCUAUCGUUUUAUUUGCAAGUGGUCCAAUUAAUUUUACUUAGCUACAGUUUGGUCAUAAAUACAGUGAGUUUGAAGACACUGGUAUUGUGUUGUUAGAUCCCAAAGAAAAUGUCACUCUUUAAAAGGAAGACAGAGUUCUUUAUUUCAGGUAGGAACUUGUUCCCCAAAUAGUACAUCUGAAACUUUUUUAUAUGCCAUACUAUAUAUAAUGAAAUACUUAAAAAGCAUUUAGUCUAUGUAGAUAAAUGCUUAUAGGUUUAAAAAGCUGAUAUACAAACAAAUACCAGACUAGGCAAGGUUCCACUAUUUAAGUGUUUAGGCUUGCAGAGGAGCAGUUUUGACUUUAAACAAAGUCAAAAAGGCCUGGAAAACAGCCCUUGACAUAAUUACACAUUGGCCAGAUUCUAUAAACAAAGCCUAAGCUUUUAUUUUUUAAAUGUUAGUAGCUGAUAUAUGUUCUCAAACACCGUAGUCAUCCACCAUAUAGUUUCCUUACAUUUCCAUCUGCAAAAUCAACCGUAAUAUAUCCUACUGUUUUAAUGCCUCAGGAGGAAUGGGUAUUUUAGUAUACCUACUUUGGGUAGUAUCCCAUUUCUGUAACUUUUGACUAAAGAGACUAUCUUCCUCUAGUUUCUAAAUUUAUCUAUCGUUUCCUUCUUAAAAUGACUUUAAUUUCCAUUCAUGUCCUCCAAAUAAAAUUGCUUUAGGGUUAAAAGAAACUUACAUCCAGUAUUUACUCUAAAGAUUCACAUUCUUAUUUCUUUCUGCAUAAUCAUCUCUUUGUAAUAUUCAGCAUCUUCCCAAGUGCUUUUUCAAGCACUCUUACUAGUUAGUUUCCAAGAAUGAAAGUCGGUAGGAUUUGAAAGCAACCACUUGCAUUCUACAUGGUAGCAUGUGGUUUCCUGAUAGUCUUUACUGAAGUUUGCUGUCCCUUCUCACAAAUUCCAAGACAACACAAUAUAAUUUUAGGACAUAUUUCCUCAUCAGGGAUGUUGGAGGUACAUUUUAAGUCUCAAUGAUAAAUGCCAGAAUGACCAAAUUGCAGACUAAUUGUUUCCAUAUUGUACUUAAAAUGAGUUUUUAAAAAGAUGAAUAUAUAAAAUCAAUGCUAUUUAUUGUACCUCUGGGCCUAUUCUUCCAAAAAUUAAGCUUAUCAAUUUUUCUCUGUCAAGCUUGAACUAAUGUAAAUAAUUCAAAUAAUGUAAAGUUAUAUUUUCAUGUUUUUAUAGAUAUGACAUGACAAGAAUACAUAAUGUAAGAGUAUCUCAACUAUGGAUAAUGUUGAUUGGAUAAUGCACAUCUCAGUUACAAGCAGUAAUCCUAGUUCAAUAUCCAUGUAACGGUGCAUCAGUUUAUUGCUAUAUAGAUGUGUCUGUGUGCAUAUAAGUGAUAAGUGGUCAAACAAGAGUGAUGACAGUUGUCUAAAGGUUUUUUAUUCAUUUUAUAUGUACUGUUAUGGAAAGACCAAAAUGUUUAUGAACUAUUCUUGUGUAAAUUUACAAAUGUCCUUUACUGUACUUUUUUGUUUACAGUAUAGUACCUUAUUUUCUGAUGUGUCAAGUGGGUGUCAAGCUCUAAGGAGACUUACACUUUCUACAACUUCUAUUGAAGAUAUUGGGAUUUCCAAUUUUUCAUGUGUACUGUGUCAGAAAAUGCUUUUGAUUUUAUUCUUAAAUCUAACAUCAGACGGCUUUUUCGGAGUGUUGUAAAAAUUUCAAUCGUACAUAAAAUAUGUUCUUACAAAAA